AUGAGGGUGCUGGCAGUACUAUGGAUGGUAUUUUUGGUUGGACUCUGCCACUGUGGAGGUGAUGAUAGUCUCCGUAAAGAGAUGGUGGAUGUUUCACUUGACCUCCUUAAUCCAGAUUUAGGAUCAGUACAUGUUAGAGGUGAUGAUAAGGACGGACUGGCUAAAAGGGUCUUUACUCCGAAGGAUGGCUUUGCUAUGACCAAGGUUGUUAUCAGAGGAGAUCUGAUUUGGAAGGCUAAAAAGGCUGGUGAGAAGUGCACUCUUGUAGAAUCUUAUAGCAAGGGAGACUCCAUACUGGUAUACUUAAAGGUUGAUACUGCCACUGGACUAGAUUUAAAGUAUCUUGAAAGAGUAAAUGGUAAAUGGAAGGACGUCACUACUACAGAGUUCUAUCAGAAAGUUGGAGGUAUGAGGGAGAAGAAAGAAGAGCAUGAACAGCUAUUGGAUGCUCUAAAGAAGCAGUAUAAAUAUGCAACACCUUCUACUCUAGACCUUUCUAACCCGGAUACCUCCAAGUUCGAUGUGCAUACAGAAACGGAAUCUGGAGCAUCCUUCAAGACCGUUACUCCAAAGGAUACUUCCUUGGAUACUUCCAAGAUUACUACUGUUGUGGAUGGAGAGAAGGAAGUCUGGAAGGGUGUGGAUAAGGAGCAUGCUCUAUCAGUAUUAGUAUACUAUGCAAAAGGAGACUCUUCUCUCAUUACCAUAGGCAUAAGCAAAGGUAGUGGCUCUAAGCUAGACUUUAAGCAUUUUGAAAAGGUGGGAGGAGAGUGGGUCUCCAUUGAUAAGGAGGAUUAUGAUCAGAAGCUAAAAGAUCUCAAGAGUGGUGUGACUAAUCCUACUACUCUUCCAUCUUAA